AUGCAGCCGCUCGCCAACUCGCAGCCGCUCUCGGUGACGGACGUGCUGGACCGCUCCCUCGUCCUGCGCACCACCGGCACGCCCAGCGGGAGGCGCUCCUCGGUCGCCUCGCCCAGCAACCUGCGCCGCGCGCUGCCUGCUGGGCCCUCGCCAGCGGGGGAACGCCAGCUCGAGGGGCUGGAUUCCCAGAGACGUCCAACUUCGGCCAGCACUGGACUCGCAGGAAGCCGUCACUGCCUCAGGCCGCACUCCGCCGUGCGUUCUGCGAGCUCGUGGGUGGCCGCGCGAGGAGAUGCGAGGCCAGUCUGCCCGUGCGUGCGGCCUCCCAGCCCGAGGGCCAGCUCGGCACGGACUGGUAGCAGGGGUGCACCAACUGCGAAGGUAUACGUUCCCCAGGAGUCGGACUGA